AUGAACUGUCAAACGCAAGGUAUGAAUGUUGAUAGCCAUUUUUCGGGUGCCAGUGAGGAUGUUCCGGGGGGAGGUGAUGAGGUGAUUGGCAAUUUUCCGGCGGGGAUUGAUGGUGGGGUGGGUGGUGUUAAGGUUAUGAUGCCGAAUUAUACGGUUUAUAGUGCUUCUGAUGUUACUCUGCUUAAUGGAGAGGCUAAUUUUGAUCAACUUACGUUAUCAUUUCGUGGAAGAAUUUAUGUUUUUGAUGGUGUUCCUACUCAGAAGGUUCAAUUGGUUUUUCAACUUUUGGGUGGAUAUGAGUAUUCUCCUGGCACACAAGCUUUAGGUUUGUCGAGCGCAAGCCAGAAGGACUAUGUGGACAAUCCAGUGCAUUGUGCAGAUCCAAAAAGACUCGAAUCCCUCCUUAGAUUUUAUGAGAAAAGGAAGAAGAGAUGCUAUGAAAAGAAAAUCAGAUAUGGUAUCCGCCAAGAAGUCGCAUACAGGAUGGAGCGUAAGAAUGGCCUAUUUGCUCGAAAAGGUUCGACUAAACCAAAAGAGGAGAACAUCCCUCCAGAAGAAACUUGGUGCACCCAUUGCGGAACUAGUUCAAACAACACCCCUAUGAUGAGGCGUGGUCCUGAUGGCCGAAGGACUCUUUGCAAUGCAUGUGGCCUCACUUGGGCAAAUAAGGGGGUAAUGAGGACUCUCUAUAGGGCAUCCUACGACAAUACCGAGCUCACAGAACUAGAGGAUGAAAAUCACAGCAACUCUGACUACGGAGCUCCUCCAUGUUCCGUCUCUCAUCAAGUUUCUUCGUCAGCCUGCCAGUGAUUCGUCAGUUAUGGUAGCUUGACAAAGAGUUUGAUGCCUUAGAAAGAGAGCUACAGUACUAUAUCAACAUGUCUUCUUCUCAUCCGACCGAAAGAUUUCAUAUACUUACAUUUCAUCAUCACUAAAACUUUUUAAACAGCUUGGUGACACACAAUUGAGAUCUAUCACAAAUUUUGUUCCAUUCUUGUCAAGUUUUACAUUGACAGGUUAACGCUUGAACUAAAAUUUGUUGGUGAUUGAUUACCUGUGUUACUUGAAGUCCGAUACUGAUUUGCAGCUUUUCGCAUCAAAGACCUGCUACAUUAAUUUACAUAUCCAGCAUCUAGAUAAAGCUUCUAUUUAACUUUAAGCAAACAUGUUUGAACCUUUUGUAUAUCGAACUUUGCCUUUUUGGAUCAUCAUAAUCUUAUUGCUGAAGAAUGAACA